UUAAGGCCGCUCGGCCGAUCUGAAUCUGAACGCAGUCACAAUGCGCAUUCAGGAUACGCAUUGUCUGCAUUGUCUGUGUUGAUACCAUGAAGCCUCGCAGCGGCUGCGAUCAGCGAAGCAAGGUACUUUAAGGGAAGAACCAAUAUCGCACCUGAGGGAACAACAUUGGUAGAUGGUUGGUUUUCAAUAUUCGUACCUAUGAGGUUGAAGGGAGGUGGAAGCUGCUCCGUGGAUGACAUAUGUAAGUACUCGUUUAUCACCCGAACUUUCAGCAGUCUACAAUUCAGAAUAGGACGGUGAUAUAGAUUAGUCCACCAGUUUUCCUUUAUAUGUCUUACUGAUACUGAGCGCUUUGUGUCUCUUCGAUUGCUGCCCAAGUUGAGGUCAUGAUGGCGAUAAGGAGAUUCACCUAUAUUCGCGACCAAAACAAGCUUGACAGACAUUUUGCAUCUCUCCUUUGAUAUUCCUGUUCUAACCAGUAUGAUUGAUGAUAGAAUGACAUAGACCAGAAAGAGACAUGUCGUGAGAAGCUCCUGUCUCUCGAUCGAGUCAUUCAUCGGGUCCUGAGAAUCGCCCAAUCCUGCAUAGAAGCUGCUCAAGAGCCCAUCAGCAGUCAUCUGAGUCUUUGCAUUCUAUGUGUUUAUGCUGACAGAGUGAGUAUCGCCUUGCUGUAGGUAUCAAAGUGCUCUGAGUCGUGAUUCAGUGCCACGAAAGCCGCCGCGAAUAUCAAUAAGAUAUACACAUACAGCAGCAAGAAAAGACCGAUGUCCGACAUCGUUUUGAUGACGGCUCUGCCCAACAGAUUGACAGUAUGUGGCUAUUUGACUGUUCUUCUUUCCUCUUUGUUCCUCACAGGAUGAGUGGCCCGACAUUUGGAUGAAGACUUGCGACUUGGAGGAGACGCAGAGCGAAGAGCAGUGCGAUGAAUACCAGUGACUUCAUUGUCCACUCCGACGGCAAGUCUGAAGCGUAGAGGAAGAUGAAUCCGGCAAUCCCGAGGCAGCUCAGAAGGUCUAAGAUAUUCCUGAGAAAGAAAGACCGCCGCACAGGAGGUGUACGACCUAAGAGAUAUUACCAAGAGUCUGCCCAGUAUGCUGCCUUGCAGCGAAUCAUCUGUUAAGCAGGAGAAUGAUAUAUAUAUAUAUGAAAGGCUGUCUUGGCAUUUUUCUACCUGGAAGACCUCUUGUGCAAGGAAACCGGCUCCCAUGAUCAUGAGCCCCCAUGUUGGCCACACGGGGGAGCUCUCAUUGUUGACGUUGAUGUUGAUGUGAAAGAAGAGACCCAUUAUGCUGCAUCAAAACAUAGAUGGCAUAUAAAUGGCCCUCACAUUAUAACUCUGCCGUACAAGACAAGGAUUGCGAUGAAGCGAUUGAUGAAGACGGUACGUGGCGAUAUGUUGAUGUUCCAAUACUCAAGUGACAGAAAGGCCUUCUCCCAGCAUCCGUCAACUAUCGAUAUGCAAGAGCCUGAAGUUUUAAAUCAAAAAACCAAAAAGUGCAGUUGCGUCAGCAAGGUUCCGAGGUUGUUCACCUUCUGUCACCAAUUCCAGCGGUUCAGUCUCCUCAAGAAGCCGAAGAAUAUCUUCCUCUCCGUACUGCAGCGACUGCUGAAACACGCCAGGUUGUCUGUUGCAAAACGUUGCUGUGAAAGUCUGAGACGAUCAAGUACAGACAGAAGAUAAGCAAGAGACGGCGACAGAAGUCUGACCUUAAGCCAUUUCACAAGGCCUUCGAGUUCUCUGCACAUAGGAAACAACAUACACAGCCACCCAGAUGAACGGUCCUUACGUUGCAAUGGAGUGUUUCUUGUUGGAGAUUAAUUCUUUAAGAAUGGAACAGCAGUUCAAGCUGUGCAGGGCAGGGCAGCCUGACUUCCUCAGCCAUGACGCCAGGCCACUCUUCACGUAGGGCAGCAUUUCGGAAUCGAGCUUUUUGGCGAGGGCUUCGAUAUCGGAAGGCAUCAAGGGCUCUCUGGGAUCAAUCUGAUGAAGACACAAACAAAGCGAUAGUUCGGACACUCACUUGUCCUUUGCUUGUCCUUCCCACACUGCACCCGUUCCGCAGCACGCCGCAGCCGAGAGAGGAACGCGUCAGCCCUCUUUCUAUUCUCCCUCUCGUCAUUGAUGAAUCGGCGGCCAAUGGAAGGUUCGCUUUCUUCGAGUUCGGAUUGCGAACCCUCAUCAUCAUGAUGGAGGAGAGGCACAAAGCUCUGAAGGUCGCGCUGAAAACAAACCAUUGCAAUACAUUGCAAUCGCAACGGGAUGUCGCUGCGAGGCGUUUGUACCUUCAU